AAAACCCGCGAACUUGAAGCUCACCAGAUUUUGCUGCUUAUUUUGGUGUUACGGUAUGAUGAGCCAUCCCACGCGGUGUUGUGAAAGCGGGCCUCUGAACCACUCGCAUUAAGCAAAAUAGACAGCUAAAUUUAAAGGGGUCGACGGAAUGGCAACUGGAGAAAUUCAAUCGAAGGGCGGGCAAACCCGAGCGAGCUCGACAACACAAACAGGGUCAUCUGAUGUACCCAGUAAAGAAGCUGCUUCUGGAUCAAUCCUUAAGAAGCGCUACGAGGAAGACCCCAUUUUUCAGAAAGAAAUGGCAACAGCUUAUGUACUAAGGCUACUCGAACAAAUUGUUUCCGACGCCAUAUAUGAGGCAGAGUCAGCCGCACCAGAAGAAUCGAGAUACCACUCGGAAGAAGAUUCCGAUGACAGCUCCGACCAUUAUGCUCUUAGUCGGUUGGAUCAAAUAAAUGAGGAAUUCGCACGGAUGCCCACACCACAGAACAAAGAUCGCCGAGUGAAUUUCGACCACCAAAAUGUACAUCUUCCUGUACAUCCGGAGCAUGAAAGUGACCAGGUAGUGCCACUCGAUGGAGACCAAGUGGCGCGACGAAUGGGAGAGAGUGAAAAAAUUUCUCCAAGGCCAGCAGUCGUGGCCCAAUUUGGUGAUUCCGUAGACCCAAAAUUAUGCCAAAACUUUGGAGACGUGGCGACAAACAAAAUUGUGCGAAUGGAUUCAAACCCAACUGAAGGUUCCCCUGACGGUUCGUACCAGAAUUUGCUGGAAACUGGUGAAUCACGCGAAGUGGUGGUCAGGGACGACUCAAAGGAUUUAACGACUCAAAGGGCGAGGAGAGGAGAAAGGCACUGUAGACCAGACCGCCUAUAUGCUUCGCAUCCGUUGUAUGGUAAAACAAAAGACUCGGGAAAUGUGAGUAACGCAUGCAGGACUCAAGCGUCAGGAUCGACAAUGCGGGGCAUUAGAAGCGCUUGCCAGAAAAUGUAUCAAAUAGGCAAUGAACCCAAAGAACUCUCCCGAGAAUCCGAAAGAAAACGUAAAACAACGUUCGAAUCGAUUGAAGCAUGGAUGGAGCAGAAAAAGAGGAUAGAACGGGAGAAGAGAGAGAAGGAAAGAACACAGCAGAUGAAGGCACAAGAACAGGAACGAAAAAACGAGGCAGAAAAAGAGAAAUUCCGUGAGCAACAACUUGUAGCGUGGUUCAAAUCCAAAUCUAUUCAGAGGCAUCGGGAACAAAUUGUGAAGCGAAUCCAGGAAGUGGAACGCCUACUUUUCACCGUCCCUCGCUCAAGGGAACAAUGUGAACAGGCUUAUAAACAAUGGUUGCAUCGAAAGGCACAAGAGAGACACAGACGGGACAAAGAAGUGCAACAACGAUUACGGACAAUGUGCCGUUUGAUACGCCAGUUCAACACAAGCAAUGUACUCAAGGACGCUAUCAACCAAGGUCGGAUUUACCGCCUUAUUUGAUAGUAACGAGGUAAUAUUUUGCGUUGAAGUUUAUAAUCUGUAAGUAUUAAAAAGUAUUCUGAAAGAGUGGUGUUCCACAAGG